UCAUCAACUAGCGUUUGUUUUCUUUUUGACGCUAAUGUCGUUGACCUCCUUCCACAAUGGCUCCCCUCAGCUGAUUCAUCCAAAGCCUCAGAUCUGAUGAGUGUGUUCGAUUUCUGGGUCAGUGAGCAUCAUGUCACCCCGGUGAAUAGAGAGCAGAGAGGACCCUUAGCUGGGGACGCCCACACUUUUUCUCAACUGCUGACACACUGUGUUCACUCUCAGAACAGCGUCACUGAUUCUGGGACGCCAGAGACAAUGAGGUCGCCGUAUUUCCCAGCCAGGUCAGUGCUCUUCCGCAAGGAGCCAAACGGGGUGACGUACAGAGUCCCGGCCUUGAUCUACCUGACCAGGUCCAACUCCUUCCUAGCCUUUUGUGAAGAGCGACUCAGUCCGUCCGACUCUGAGGCUCACCUGCUGGUCAUGAGGAAAGGAACCUUCUACAGGAACUAUGUGGAGUGGGGGGACAUGCGGGCCGUGGCUUCUGCGUUCCUGCCGGGUCACCGCUCCAUGAACCCGUGUCCGGUCUAUGAUGAGUUCACUGGCACACUCUUCCUGUUCUUCAUCGCCGUGCUGGGUCAGACCUCCGAAUCCUUCCAGCUGGUGACUGGGAAGAAUGUGACGCGCCUCUGCUUCAUCUCCAGCACCGACGACGGAGACACGUGGAGUCCGGUCACCGACCUCACCAAGAGGGUCAUCGGAGACACCAUCAAAGACUGGGCCACUUUUGCUCUGGGACCUGGCCAUGGCAUCCAGCUGAAGUCAGGUCGCCUGCUCGUUCCUGCGUACGCCUACCACAUCGAGUGCCGGGAGUGUUUCGGGCAGCUGUGCCAGACCACGCCACGCGCCUUCUGCUUCCACAGUGACACCCAUGGGCGAACCUGGACUUUUGGGGAGGCGGUUCCUGGACCUGAGAGUGUGGAAUGCCAGAUGGUGUCAGUGGAUGAGGAGGAUGGGACCAAUGUGUUGUACUGUAAUGCCCGCAGCCGACUGGGGUUCAGGGUUCAGGCUCUGAGUGUGGAUGAUGGAGCGGCGUUUCAGGAGGGGCAGCUGGUGCAGAGACUCGUGGAACCAAGAAAUGGGUGCCAUGGAAGCAUCGUGGGUUUUCCCUCCCCCUUGCAGCAGUUUCCCUCCCAUCAGUGGGGAAACAAGCAGCGUCACUGGACCUCCAGCCCGUCCUCACCCACUCCCUCAACCCAAAGCCCCCACACCUCUCCUGCCUUUCUCACUCCGACCUGGGUGGUCUACUCUCACCCAACAUCGACAAGCGCUCGGAUGGAUCUGGGCAUCUUUCUCAGCGUAUUCCCCAGAGAUCCGGACAGCUGGCGUGGCCCAUGGGUGAUCUUCGAGGGUCCCAGCGCCUACUCCGACCUGGCCUACCUGGAGCUGCCGUCCCCACCCGGGGCCCCUCCUGUCGUGGCCUUCGCAUGCCUGUUUGAAUGUGGCACCAGAACAGCUUACGACGAAAUCUGCUUCAGCAUCUUCACUCUCUACGAGCUUAUUGAUAACCUUCCUCGAGAGCAGCAGCUGAAUGGCCGGAGAGAGAGACAGGAAGGCGGAAGAGGUUCUCACCAACACGUCCAGCAGAGGAGGAGCAAGCGCAGUGGGCUGUGCUGCAUGCUAAGCUAGGGUUUUCACACCAUUACACAGUAUCUUAGCACGUAAUUUAUGUUUAUUUUUCAUAGCAUCGUUACGUAUUUUUACACUUACCAUAUAGGAACUUUCAAUUUACACAUGUGGUUUCACUCCAGUUCAAUAUGUUAGUUUAAAAUCUCUAAGGUUGCUUUUAAAGGUCAAGCAUUUUAGCUCCUAAAAACUGUCAAGUUAAUCAUUUAGAUUUGUACAAGAAUAUUCAUCCAUUAAAUUAGAAUCUACUAGGGAAACUCU